AUGAAACUGUCGCUAUAUAAAGAAGCUAAAGAGGGAGAGGAGGUGGUGCCUGGACUGGAUAACGUUCCCUGCUGUCUACUCUCCAAUGGCGACGUCUUCUCACCUUUUAAAUGCCUUUUAAAUGGCGUCCCCAUUAAAGGGGCUCUCUACCCUCCCUUUAGUUAUAGGGAAAUUCUUCUUCUAUCUUCAUUAAUUUUCUUUUCUGUUUCAGGAUCUGUACGACCUCCUCUGACAUUGAAGAGCAAGAAAUCUGCUUUCACUGUACCCUACAUAUCUGGAAUUGAACUCUUGCCAUCCAACCUCAACCCUCCACAAGUUACCUCGGAGUUUCGCCGGGGAUUGCUAGUGGCUGAUUUGGACCCUGCCUCAGCUGAACUCGCAAUUGGUAUUUUAGGGCCCUUCCUCUCCGCAUUUGCCUUUCUAUUUAUAAUCAGAAUAGUUAUGUAUUGGUACCCUAAGCUUCCUGUGGAUAAAUUUCCUUAUGUCAUUGCUUAUGCUCCCACUGUACCCCUCCUUAUGUCAACCCGGAAGGUGAUUCCCCCUCUUGGAGGUGUGGAUGUAACCCCUGUAUUGUGGUUUGGGUUGGUUAGUUUCCUUAAUGAGAUCUUGCUCGGGCCGAAAGGGCUUCUCGUCCUUAUCUCGCAACAGGUUAGCUAGUAUGCAUUGCAACAGAAUCAAUAAAUUGUUGUAUUACAUACGUCCCUUAAAUUUUAGAAUCCAUGAAACAUUCUGGACUGAAGUUCUUGCCACACUUGAGCAAGAGCCUAAGCACCAAAAAACUCUCUCGAGUAGAUAUAAUAUUUUUGCUUCAAAACUUGUAUCUUUAGUUGACAUUCUUCAAUAGAACGAUCCGUUAUGAUUUGGAGUGCUUCAGAAUUCAGAUAAUUGAGUGCUUACUACAUACAUCUCACAAAUAUUCCAGUUGGUAGAUAGAAAAAUGUCAAGCACAGUGAUU